AUGAAGAAAUCGGCCCAGCGCCGGCCCCAACACAACCAGCACCAGCCGCACCCUCCACCGCAGUCCCACACGGGCCCGGCCGCAGAUCCCCUGCCCGGCGCCAAGCCGAAUCGCCCGCCGGCCGCCGCCACCGCCGGCGGCGGCGGCAACAUCAGCCCCAUCGCCGCCCGCAUCCUCAAUGAGCAACGGCAGCACCAGAAUCAGCAUCAUCACCGACACGGUUUCAGCUAUGACCCCAGCCACCAUGCCGUACCACGGGCGCCGGCGCCGUCCCCCUUGGACCGGUCCGCCGCCGCCGGACCGCCAUCACCAUCGUCAUCAUCUCCAUCGCCAUCACCGUCGCCGCCACCGCCGCCGGGGGUGGCCCCAAGUAGCCCCGCGACAAGUGAUGUGUCGCCGUAUUUGGCGCCGCCGCCGGCCGUAUCGUCGCUUCAGGAGCAUCAGUACGACGGCGGCGGCGGUGGCGGCGGCGCGGUGGCGCGGCUGGCGCCGACGCCUCCGACAAUUAGCCGACUGUCCCUCGUUCCGGCGCCGGCGCCGGCGUCGCCGAGGGAGGAACAGCUUGUGACCCAUGGGUUUGUGACCCAUGGGUCAUCGGGGCCUGGGUCACCGAUCGCCGGCAUCGCCUCAUCGGCGCCGGCCCGCGGCCUUACCGCUAGGAUUUCGGAUGUUGGCAGCGGCGGCAGCGGCGGCGCCGCUGCGCCGUCGUGGUCGCCGUCGCCGCUUUACACUGCUUCCGCUGCCGCUGGCGGAAGCGGCGAUGCCGGCCACGGCCACGGUGUAUCGGCGGCUGGCCUUCACCAGCUCCUGAAGGCUGUGUGGGUGCUCGGAAGGCGGAUUUUCGGCCCGUUGAUGGCUGUCGUACGGGAGCGUCCGCUGGCCGCAGCAGCCAUGGCAGCUUUGGUGCUGCCGGCGGCGGUUCUGCUUGCAUCUGGGAUGGCCGUGGAGCUGUUGCUGAUGCCGUUGAUUUCGAUGCCGGGGUUGAUAGUCAGUUUUGUGAUCAGUUUUGUGAUGGCAAUGGCGGCGUCGCUGUCGUACCGUCGCAACCGCGUGGCGGCAGCGCGCCGCCAUGCGGCACUGGGCCUCCUCUACACCGCUGGCACACAGCUGCCCGCUACCUCACAACUGUCACAACCACAAGCACAACCACCACAACGGUCGCGGCCGUCGCAAUCCUCAAAACCAUCCGGUCCUGCACCCGUGCCAGCCGCCGCCGCCGCGGCGGGCGCCGCCGACGCCAGCUCCACUCUGACCCUGGUUGACGACGCCGGUCUGGCGGCGCUUCGUUUUCUGUACGGCGGCGGCGCCCUCCCUGCGCGGUUGGCGGAUGCCCGACACGGCGAGAGAGCGGAGUGGGUGAAUGCGCUGUUGGCGAGGGUGUGGCCGGCUGUGGAGGGUCCUCUGCGCGGCCUGAUCGGGCCAGCCAUCCAUGCGCAGGCAGAUCUAGCUAAGCCGCCGUUCAUUCGCUCAGUGGGCCUGGCGGACCUGUCGCUAGGAGAGACGCCGCCGCGGGUGGAGGCUGUACGGGUAAGGCCGCUGGCGUCGGCGGCAGCGCAAGCGGAGGCCGUGGCGGCGGUUGCAGCAGCAGUGGCGGCGGCUGACGCCGCCGCAGCCGCCGCCGAACCCCCCGACGACGCCAGCGCUGCCGCCGGCGAAUUCACUUUCGACACUCGGCCAUUGGACAGUACCACUGCCCCGAGUAUCGCUGCAGCCAGCGUAUCGCCGGCGGCGGCGACUGUAGCACCUGGCGGUGGCAGCGGCGGGGGCGGCGGCAGCACCGCCGCCGCCCCUACUGCUGGCGUGGUGCUAUCGGGAGUGUCUGACGCAACCAUGUCAGCAAUGGCGGCUGUGGUUGCCGUACAGGAGCACGUCACUGGCAGCGGCACCGCCGCGGCCGCCUCGGCGCCGGCCGCUGAAGCACCGGGUACCGAUGGCGGCGGCGGCGGCGGCGUGGAGGCAAUUGAGGUGGAGGUGGACUUCCAGUGGCAGGGGGACCCCACCAUCGGGCUGUUUGUGGAGGCGUACUUGACGCCCGGGGGCGGCACGGUGCGUCUGACACCACGUCUGAAGGAGUUGGCGGUGGCGGGCACGGUACGGCUGGUCUUGACACCGCUAGUGCCGUACCCGCCUGGUUUCGGCGCCAUCCAGGUUUCCAUGCCACGGGCGCCUCAGUUGUCGUUCUCCUUCGACCUGGGGCCCGGGGCUCUGGGGGCUGGGGGCGGCGUGGUGACCGGCCCCGUGGCGGCCUUCCUGCAGCCGCUGUUGCAAGAUAUCGUGGGGGAAGCGCUGGUAUGGCCGGAGCGGGUGGUGGUUGCCGUACUUCCUGAGCGCCUCACGGGGCCCCUCACUGACUUGCAGCUAAGGACCCGGGGGCUGCUGGCGGUGCGGCUGCUGGAGGUCAGGGGACCGCCACCACCACUAACACCAGUGGCACCGCCUGCGAAGAAGGGGGAGGGGGCGGGGGCGGGGGAGGGGGAGGCUGCGGCGGCAGAGGAGGAGGGCGGCGGCAACAUGCUUCGAGAUGGGGCUGAGGUGGAGAUAACCGCCUUCACUCGACCCGACCGGAGGGUUACGACGCCGCUCGCAACCUGCCACUACGCCGCCGCCGCCGCUGACGGCGCCGCCGCCGCCAUGCCAGUGUGUACUUGGGGUGACGGCGAUGGUAGCGGCGGCGCCCGUACGGCAAAGGCUGCAGCGGCAUCGCCGCCGCUGCUGUACCUGCCUGUACAGGAGCCCCGCAGCGACUUACUGCGUUUGCAACUGACCGAACGAGUGGGGCUCAAUUUGGGGCCCGGGUCCUCAGUGACAGCCUGGCUGCCCCUCCACCCGCCCGGGGAAGGAGGGGGGGAGGAGGGGCCCGUCGUGAAGAGUACGGCGCGUACGGCAGCUGGAGAAGGAGGGCAAGGAGGGGGAGGCGGUCCUGCAGAUCGGGAGAUGCACCGUGGUAGGGUAGCGGGCAGGCCGCAGCUGAUGACGGUGGGGGAGGAGGGAGCCGCUGGGGGAGGUGGUGGCGGCAGUGGCGAUGGAGGAGACGAGGCCUGGGGCGGUUUCGGAGCUGGCGGGCAGCGGGCGACGGUGUGGGCAGUGCCGGCCGAUGUUGGCCAGGUGCCCACUUCCGCCGCCGCCGCCGCCUUCGACGGCACGUCCCUGGCGGCGACACCCCAGUCGCUGAGCGCGGCGCUGCCGCCGCAGCCGCCUCCGCCGCACCGCGCCCGCGGAGGUGCCGUACUUGCUGUCCUUAGCUACCUCUCCGUCGAAGUGCUGUCGGAGCGGCUGGCAGCAGCGGUGGCGGAGUCGCUCCGUACGACAGGCAUGCUGCCGUUCGUACGAGGCCUGCUAGUUGUGGACGUGGUUUCGGCGCGGUGGCUGCUGGGACCGGAUGCAUACCCGCCGGAGGAGAAGCCAGCGGCCGCCGACGCCGCCGCCAGGCGUAUGGCGACGGCGAUGUACGGCGGCGGCGGCGGCGACGACGAUGAGUCCCUUUCGGACUUCAGUGAUGAGGAUUCGGACGAGGACGAGGAGGGCGAAACGGAGGCUGGCGCCAGUGUACGACAUCAGAAGCAAAAGCAGGCGGAGGUAGCCGCCGCCGUCGACGCCGCUGCCAGGAUUAUAGAGUCCGAUGCGCCGCUCACCUUCGGCUCACAGGAGCCCGGCGGCGCUGGCUCUCUCCACGCCAACCCUGCCGCCGCGCGCGUCGUCGGAGCCGCAGCCCACUUGGGCCCUGCCGGCGCUGCCGGCGGCCUGGCGCUCCGAAACCGCCAUGGCCGCAUCCGCUGCGAUCCGUACGUGCAAAUCGAAGUGACACGGCCGGUGGUGGCGCCGCUGGCCGGCGCGGAGCCGGCGGCGGCAACGGCAGCGGAGCCCAUUACAGCGGAGGGCGAUGCCACUGGCGGCGGCGGCGGCGUCGCGCCGUACAUCCUGCGGGGUCCUCCGGUUCCCGCCAGCGUGGAUCCAUCAUUCGGGCUCCAUGGGGAGGUUGACGGGGUGGUGCCGGCGGCGGAGGGCGCUGAGCUCCGGGUUCAACUAAGCCCCUCGCACUGGCUUUGCCAGCGAUCCAGAAUCUGUAGAACAGCUGGCAUCAGCCCACAAAGCCCUUCUAAGCGGGUUCUGAGGUCCGGCAAGGAGUACCCUACGCCUUCGGCCGCUGCCCUUGAGGAGGCGGCAGCAGGCGACUCCAUGACGCGAUCUUCCCAGAAAGAACCUUCUUUAGAUGAGAUAUACAAGCUGCUCCAGACCCACUCUACGCAGACCAAGGCGUCCUUCGAUCCCUUGCAUGGCAAGACAGAUGCGCUGGCUGCUCAUGUUAACUCGCUGGAAAAGAAUAUCCCUGAAAUGAUUACCAAAAAGCCGGCCCGUCUGGGGCCCGGCUCCGCCUCUACAGGCUUGCUCAGCUACAUGCAGUUGAAACCCUGGCAGGGCCAUGGCCUUGGCCGGCUUCCCGGCCUGCACAGAACAGAACUGCACGUUCCGAGCCUGCUUGAGCUGACGACCUGCCGGGGUGAGGUCAUCCCGGAAGACGAUGCCGAUGGCCUUAAGGGCCUGACUGUGUCGGAAAAGCAUGCCGCGGACAGGGGGGUGACGCCGAUGGUGAUGUUUGCGUACUUCGACGCUGAGGAAGGAUGCCUGGAGGCUUCCUCCACUGGCAUCGGAGACGGCUUGGGCGAUGGCUUCCGCUGCUUGCUUGGCGGUCGCGAGAGCCGGGACGCCAAACGCGAUCAGGGAGCCGGAAUCGUAGUAGGCAGUUUUGCCGGUCAAGUUCCUGCGCUGUUUAGACCCGGUGCGGUCGGUCGCACACGUAGGGGGCCCCCCGAGCUGAGACUGCACAGUUUCGAUGAUGAACUGCGCGGCCCGAACUUCGAACUGCUUGAUUUCGGUCUCCACCUUUUUGGUAAUCAUUUCAGGGAUAUUCUUUUCCAGCGAGUGAACACGAGCAGCCAGCGCAUCUGUCUUGCCAUGCAAGGGAUCGAAGGACGCCUUGGUCUGCGUAGAGUGGGUCUGGAGCAGCUUGUAUAUCUCAUCUAA